GCUGUUUGAAACCACCCAUUGAAACAACUGUCGAAACAAAAUUGAGAAUAUCCGUAACACGUAACAGGCACACGUACAAAUUUCGCCAAGCCAAAGAAACUGUUUUUGAUUUGAUUGCGUAUGUAUAUUUUAAAAAAACCUCGAUUUCGAUAUGGAAUUACUGCCUGAGGAAUAUUGCCAAAAGCCGAUUGUGGAGCAGCAGGUUCCGCGCUCCACUCGCCGUCGGCACGAGCACGAUCCCAUGGUGGCGGCCCAUGUGGUGGUGGCCACUACGGCCGGAAAACCGAAACAGCCCAAGCCAGAGUCAAAAAAACUGCGCAAAAGGCUGGUUGAGUUCGAGCAGGAGAACCAGUCACUGGCCCAGACCAUUCAGGACAAGAACCAGGAGAUCAAUGCCCUUAAAAAGUCUGUGGACUCUCUCAACGACGUCCUGAACUCGGUGCCCAUUGACGAACUGCGUUCAAAUUCCUCUAUUGCCAGCACCAAGAUCCUGGAGCUGAGCAAGAAGAACCGUCAGAUGCGGGCGGAGCUGGAGCAGACGAAGAACCGGCUGGCCAAAAGGGAUAACCAGAUCGAGAAGAUGGAGCGUGACUUGCGCAGCUACGAGGAGAAGUUGCAGGCGAAUCAGGAGCUCCUGAAAAAGGGAACCUCCGCCGACGAGCUGCAGGCCAAGAUCACCAGCAUGCAGCAGAAACUCUUCGAGACCAGGAACAAGAACACUGAACUACAAACCCAACUGAAGCUAGCCCAGAAGUGCCUGCAGCACGAGAUCGGCGAGUCCUGCAACAUCAACAUUCUGGCCAACAAUCUGAACCAGGCCAACUGGCGCGGUCGGGCCCAGCAGAUACUCACCCUGAACCAGAAGGUGCAGGAGCUCAAGGAUCGCCUGAUGUGCUUCGAGGAGAGGGCUGCCGAUCGGGCGGAGUACGCUCCGGUUGCCGUUGGCACUGAUCUGGAAUUGGUGCCGGGCAGUGCGCGGUCGGCUGGAGGUACUCAUCAUGCCGCUAGCUUGGGUGCUGGAGAUGGAGGCGGAAGUGGCGCUGCAUCGUUCGAUCGCUUCACUCCCGGAGUGCGCAAGAGCGAGAUCCUGCACCGAGCCAAGGUGGAGUCGCUGGAAAAGGAGAUAGUCAACCUCCAGGCCCAGAUGGAGGAGCAGCGCAGCAAGAUGUUGGCCCUGAAGGUGCGCAACAAGACUCUCAACGAUGAGAUGGUCAAGUACAAGGUGAAGUUCAGUGAGCUGGAGGAGCAGACGGACUACAACGGCUUGAAUAUGAACACCAUGAACGAUAGGCUGGCCCGCCAGAGGCAGCAGUACGAGGUCCGUUUGGAUGACAUGCGGGCCGAGAUAAUACGGAUCACCGAGGAGCGGGACAUCUCCCGGCGCCAGAUGGAGGAGCUGAGUGGCAUGCAUCUGGAGCUGGAGUCGGUGGUUAAACAAAAGGAUGUGGCUAUUGAGAGUCUUCAGGAGAUGAUCAAGAAGUUGGAGAUGGAUUUGCGGGCACUAUCUGGAGGGUUCCUUUUCUCAUGUCGGGAAUUUCGAAAGGAGGAGUUUGUGGGCAUCCUAGAUGCCCUUGAGGUGGAGAAAAACCAUCUUAUGUUACUGACCAAGUCCCAGGGCGAGCGCCUGGAGGCCGAGCGCACCAAGAACGAGAAUGCCCAGGAGCAGAUUGGGAAACUGAAGACCCGCAUCAUCCGGCUGGAGGCAAAGAUCAGGGAGCUGGAGAAGGAGCUCGAUGUGCAGUCCGACAAGAAGAAGCGCACCCAGCGAAUGGCCGACUAUGCGAGUUCGCUGAGUCGCACUUCUCUUAACGGAUCGAUCAGCUCCUUCAGCUUCGAGAAUCAGUCCCAGUACCAGUCCAACGCCACUCUCAGCUCGGCAGUGGGUGGAAGUGAGCCAAAGAUGGAGGAUCUUAAGAACCAGCUGGAACUGGCCCAGGAGAAGAUCGCCAUGCUGACGGAGAAGCUGGACUACAUCACCGAGGAGAAGCGCUCGGAUGCCAAGCUCUUCGAGGAGACCAUCAGCAACUCCAAGGCCAUUAUCCUGGAAACUAUUAUGGGGGCCCGCCAAGGAGGCACACCCACUUCUACUACCACCCCUGGCCCGGGGUCCAGUGAUAGCAACUGACGGUGUGGAGGGAUGAUUUUUAUUUUGAUUAAUUUUUACGUUACGGCAUAAAUACUUUAUGGAAUAUUCCUAAAAUUUCACUCUAUAAUUACAUAUAUGUAUGCUUCAACAUAAAAU